AUGUAAUAUCCAGAAUUUAAAUAAUAUUCAGGAAUUUCUUAUAUCUAUUUAAAUUUGAUAAAUAAUAUAAAUUUUUACACAUAGAGAAUUUAAAAUUAAAGAAUUAGAUAUUAUUAAAAAGAGCAAGAGAAAAGUGCAGGUUAACAAAUCUGCCUUAUGAAAUUUCAAGAAUAUAAUUUAUUCUCUAGGAUAAAUUUGGAGAAUUGA